GUUUGCGUAGGCCAAGCCGGUCAGUCUGACCGCAGCGAGCGGAGGCGGCGGCGGCUCCCUAUAAAAUCCGCGCCCUUCACCGGAAUCGGAGCAGCCAACCCAAGAAACCACCUUGGCCGGGAAAAAGAUCCCCAAUUUCCGCGUUCUUGCGUCCCGCAAAACCCCCCGGAAUUCGGCACAGCCCCGGCGCCGGCGACCCCCCCAGGUUGAUGGAGGCAGCAGCAGCCACGGCGCUCCUGUCGCCGGCCGCCGCCGCGCCCUCGCGGCGGGUCGCGGCACUCGGCGCUACCUCGCUCCCCUUCCCCCGGAGACGCGGCGUCGCCCUCGGAUCCGUCAAGGGUCUUGGGCGGCAGCAGCUCACCUGUAGAAGGCGAAGCAGCGUCGUCAGGGCGUCAUGGUCGCCCUCCGAGCCGGAGUCGCUGCCGUCGUCGUCGUCGAUCGCGCCGCUGCAGAUGGAGUCGCCGGUGGGGCAGUUCCUCUCGCAGAUCCUGGCCACGCACCCGCACCUGCUGCCCGCCGCCGCCGAGCAGCAGCUCGAGCAGCUCCAGACCGACCGCGAUGCCGCGAAGGAGGACGGCGGCGACAAGCCCACGCCGUCGGACGGCGACAUCGUGCUGUACAGGCGGAUUGCUGAGGUCAAGGAAAAGGAGCGCAAGAGGGCUUUGGAGGAGAUACUCUAUGCACUUGUCGUUCAGAAGUUCGUUGAAGCCGGUGUCUCUUUGGUUCCAGCUCUUUCCCACUCCAUCAAUUCUUCUGGAAGAGUUGAUCAAUGGGCAGAAUCUGUCGAAGGGAAGCUUGAGAAGUUGCACUCACAAGAGGCAUAUGAGAUGAUUGAGAACCACCUCGCUCUUAUCCUGGGGCAGCGACAAGCCGACGCUACCGUUGCAGCCAUAAGUAAACUCCGAGUUGGUCAGGUGUAUGCUGCUUCUGUAAUGUAUGGUUAUUUCCUCAAGAGAGUUGAUAAGAGGUUUCAGCUCGAGAAGUCAAUGAAGACCCUCCCUUGGGGAUCAGAAGGAGACAUGCUCAACCAAGUUAUGACGACCGACUCGCGGCCCUCAGCCCAGACUUCUACCUCACAUCCAGAGAUGGCAUCAUGGACUUCCCCUAACUUCAGUGCAGGCGGACCUAGCCAAUCUGUCAAGCCAUGCCGUCUUAGAUCGUAUGUCAUGUCAUUUGAUUCAGAUACAUUACAAAGUUAUGCGACAAUCAGGUCUAAGGAGGCCUUCGGCAUCAUCGAGAAGCACACCGAGGCGCUAUUCGGGAAACCGGAGAUUGUGAUCACACCUGAAGGCACAGUCGAUUCUUCCAAGGAUGAGCAUGUCAGGAUAAGUUUCGCAGGGUUGAGAAGGCUGAUCUUAGAGGCUGUUACUUUUGGGUCCUUCCUGUGGGAUGUUGAGAGCUUUGUGGACUCCAGGUACCAUUUUGUGGUCAACUAGUUGAUUCUACCGAUCGUCAUCCCAGGUAGUGAAGAUCAGUGUGUAAAUUUGGUCCGAAUUGGAUGGGUUUCAAUGAAGACUUUGCAGACGAUGAUAUUCUCUCUAUGCAGAUUGCAGAGAUCUAUGAUGUUACAUGGUUUUCUGGCAUUGCUGCAAUGUAAAAUGAAAGAAAUUUUCUCAGCGUAAUAUACUGUUUACGCUUGGGCUGCUCGGGCUAUGUGUAAUGUUGUAUGACUGUCUCCUCUGCAGAGUUGAAUGAGGAAUCCUAGCUUCUUAAA